AUGGUGCGUCAGCUCCACGACGGCAUGAUGGCGCGAGUCACAGUCAACGGAGCUGUCUCAGAGGCAUUCGCAGUGACCAACGGAGGGAAGCAGGGAUGCAUGCUGACGCCCACCCUCUUUAGUCUCGUGUUCUCUGCCAUGCUGAUAAACGCCUACCCUGACAAACGACGACGGAUCCGCGUCGCCUGCAGGACGGACGACCACUUCUUCAAUCAGCGGCGGAUGCACUUUCAGUCGGGUGUAUCCACAGCCACCGUACGCGAACUUCUGUUCGUCGAUGGUUGCGCCCUUAAUACAACUACUGAAAGAAUGGGGCACGGAUCUCCUCUCCACCGCCUGCAGAAACUUCGGUCCGAUUAUUAA